AUGGCCUAUCCCGCGCUCGCAACCGGCACGGGUCGUAAUAUCGACAUGGCCAAAACCGAAUCGGACCUCGCCAUCAACAUCCGUAAGGCAACGAACAUUGAAGAGACGGCACCCAAGAGGAAACAUGUUCGAUCAUGCAUAGUAUACACAUGGGAUCACCGAUCCUCCUUGUCCUUCUGGGCUGGGAUGAAGGUCCAGCCCGUUAUGGCCGACGAGGUCCAGACCUUCAAAGCGCUGAUCACAAUCCACAAAGUCCUGCAGGAGGGCCACCCGGUGGCUGUCAAAGAGGCGCAACAGAAUAUCAACUGGAUCGAGAGUCUCGCUAGAGGCGUGACUGGAGAAGGACUGCGAGGAUAUGGUCCCCUGAUCCGAGAAUAUGUCUUCUUUCUCCUGGCCAAACUGGGCUUCCACCGCAACCACCCUGAGUUCAACGGGUUAUUUGAGUAUGAAGAGUACAUCAGCCUCAAGUCGAUAAACGAUCCGAACGAGGGCUAUGAGACCAUCUCCGACUUGAUGACCUUGCAGGAUCAAAUUGACACUUUCCAGAAGCUGAUCUUCUCCCACUUUCGUGGCGGCUCCAACAACGAGUGCCGCAUUGCAGCCCUGGUGCCACUGGUUCAAGAAAGCUAUGGCAUUUACAAGUUCAUCACCAGUAUGCUCCGGGCGAUGCACACGACCACGGGCGAUGAUGACGCACUGGAGCCUCUCCGCACUCGAUACGACGGCCAACAUUAUCGUCUUGUCAAGUUCUACUACGAAUGCUCCAACCUGCGAUAUCUCACAUCCCUCAUCACCGUCCCCAAACUCCCUCAAGACCCUCCCAAUCUCCUUGCCGACGACGAAGAAAAGCCCGCCCUCCCCAGGCGACCGGCUAAAGAAAUCGAGAAACCUCCUACUCCGGUGGCGAAGAAUGGGACCCCGGACACGCAAAAGGAUAUCGAGGACUUUUGGACAAGAGAAGCGCAGAGACAACAAGAAGAGUAUGAAGCGGAGCAACGACGGCUGCAACAACAAUGGGAAGAGCAGCAGAGGCAACAAAUGCUGGCGCAGCAAGAAGCGCAGCGCCAGUUUGAAGAGCAACAGAGACUGCAGGCGGAGCAACAACGUCUUGCCCAAGAACAGCUUCUUCGAGAUCAAUACGCUGCACAGACACAAGGUCGUCUGGCUGAGCUGGAGCGGGAGAACCUCAACGCCCGGGCACAGUACGAGCGGGAUCAGUUGAUGCUUCAACAGUACGACCAACGCAUGAAGGCCCUCGAGGAACAGCUGCAACAGCUCAAUGCCAACUUCCAGAUGCAGUCUCAAUCUAAGGACGACCAGAUUGCUGCGCUGCAGGAGCAGGUCAACACGUGGCGAUCCAAGUACGAGGCGUUGGCGAAAUUGUAUUCCCAACUCCGACAAGAGCAUCUCGAUCUUCUUCAAACCACAAAGUCCCUGAAGCUGAAAGCGGCAUCAGCCCAAGAAGCCAUUGACCGCCGAGAACGCCUCGAACGUGAGAUGAAGACCAAGAAUCUCGAACUGGCCGACAUGAUCCGCGAACGCGACCGCGCCUUGCACGAAAAGGACCGCGCCCAAGGUUCCAACCGUGAAGAAGUUGAAAAAUUGAAGCGCGAACUGAGGCUUGCACUGGAGAGGGCCGAGGACGCCGAGAGGUCCAAAGGAUCUGAACUGUCGUCCAUGCUGGCCAAAUACAAUCGUGAAAUGGCGGAUCUUGAAGAAGCCGUCCGCGCCAAGACAAGACAGCUUGAGGAGAUCCGCGCCAAGCAGGGCGAACGCAACUACGACCAGGAAGCCGCUCUCCGCGAGAAGGAUGACGAGAUCGAGAUUUACAAAUCGGGGAUGGAACAGGCGUUGGAGGAGCUCGAAGAACUCAAGCUGGGACACGGCGAAUCAGACGGUGCGCUGGAUGGCGCCAUCGACGAAGUGAUCAAGACGACCGUCGACAAGAUCAACGACAUUAUCGACUCCGUCCUCCAGAGCGGCGUGCAAAGAGUGGAUGACGCUAUGUACGAACUCGACUCUCCCAUGCAAGCCGGAAAUCAAAACGCAACGGCGCCUUACGUCUUGUCCCAGAUCGAAAAGGCCUCGGCCAGUGCGACCGAAUUCUCCACCGCCUUCAAUAACUUUGUCGCGGAUGGACCCAACAGCCCACACGCCGACAUCAUCAAGACCGUCUCCAUUUUUGCCGCGUCCAUUGCCGAUGUUCUGUCCAACACCAAGGGCCUGACCCGCCUCGCAACCGAGGAGAAGAAAGCCGACCAAUUGAUCGACUCAGCUCGGCAGUCAGCCAUUUCCACGGUUCAGUUCUUCCGGAACCUCCAGUCGUUCCGCCUCGAAGGACUUGAACCCGUGCAGAAAACCGAUGUGGUGAUCAACAGCAACCACGACGUGCUCAUGAAACUGCAAAAGCUGUCCAAACUCGCCGAUGCCUUUGCACCAAAGGGCAGCAAGCUCAAGACUACCGGUGACUUGGGUGACCUGGUGGACUCGGAGUUGACCAAGGCCGCCAACGCAAUCGAUGCCGCCGCACAACGGCUCGCCAAGUUGAAGAGCAAGCCUCGCGAGGGUUAUUCGACGUACGAGUUGAAGAUCAACGACUCAAUCUUGGAAGCCGCCAUGACCGUCACCAAUGCCAUUGCACAACUGAUCAAGGCUGCCACGGAAUCGCAGAACGAGAUUGUGCGUGAAGGAAGAGGAUCCUCGUCUCGCACCGCGUUCUACAAGAAGAACAACCGAUGGACGGAGGGAUUGAUUUCCGCUGCCAAGGCCGUUGCCACAUCGACAAACACCCUCAUUGAAACCGCCGACGGCGUCAUCUCCGGCCGGAACUCCCCCGAGCAGUUGAUCGUGGCGUCGAAUGAUGUCGCUGCCUCGACAGCACAACUAGUUGCCGCAUCCCGGGUCAAGGCGAGUUUCAUGUCCAAGACGCAGGACCACUUGGAACAGGCCAGCAGGGCUGUGGGAGCGGCCUGUCGUGCAUUGGUCAGGCAGGUGCAGGAUAUUAUCAAGCAGAAGGCGAAGGAUGAAGGAGAAUCCAUGGACUAUUCCAGGUUGAGCGGACACGAAUUCAAGGUCAGAGAAAUGGAGCAGCAGGUCGAGAUUCUCCAGCUGCGGAAUGCGCUGGAUGCGGCGCAGGCGAGAUUGGCGGAGAUGCGGAAGCUCUCUUAUCGCGAAGACUGA